GAAAUCCAACACAGCAACAUCAAUAUUCAGACAUCCUACAUUCUAGACAUCAUGAAGUACACCAUCCCAGCCAUCCCUUCCGGCACCACCCACGCCCACAUUGCCAUUGUUGGCAUGGGACCCCGUGGAACCAGCACUCUCGAACGUCUCUGCGCUUCUGCUCCAGACUUCCUCAAUCCAGGCACACGCCUCACAGUCCACGUCGUCGAUCCCUCAAACCCAGGCGCUGGCCGUGUCUGGCGCACUGAGCAGUCGUCCGAGCUGCUGAUGAACACAGUUACAUCCCAGGUGACACUCUUCACCGAUGAAAGUGUUGUCUGCUCAGGCCCCAUCCGCGAGGGACCAAGUCUGUACAAAUGGGCUGCUGCUGCCAAACUCGGGCUGGGACCGGACGACUACCCAACCCGUGCUCAGUACGGCCACUAUCUCGAAUGGGUGUUCAACAAGGUCGUUCGCGAGGCUCCCCCCGAGGUUGAGGUGGAGGUGCACUCUGCCCGUGCUGUUCGUCUGGACAAUGCCAGUGAUGGCCGCCAGACGCUCACUCUCUCAACUGGCCGCAGCAUUCCCGGUCUUGCUGCGGUGAUUCUGUCCCAGGGCCAUCUGCCUCUGCUUCUUGACCCCGAGCAGCAGCAGCUCGCCAUCUACGCUGCACGAAACAAUCUCCGUCAUUUGUCGCCCUCCAACCCAGCGGAUGUCGACCUUUCCUCCUUGCAGCCCGGUGAGCCUGUUUUCCUGCGUGGACUCGGCCUCAACUUCUUCGACUACAUGGCCCUGUUGACCAUCGGCCGUGGUGGUCGUUUCACCCGCACAUCCCACGGUCUGCGCUAUCAUCCCUCUGGCAAUGAGCCCCGACUAUAUGCUGGCUCCCGUCGCGGUAUCCCAUAUCAAGCACGCGGUGACAACGCAAAGGGCGCAUACGGCCGUCACUAUCCCCUCAUCAUCACCGACCAAGUGAUCAACGACUUCCGCAAGCGCUCCGAGUCUGGAAAUGCACCAGAUUUUCUGACUGAGAUCUGGCCACUCGUCGCAAAGGAGGUGGAAACAGUCUUCUACGAAGCUCUGUUGAAACAACACGGAAAGGAGGCUCCCGAUUUCCAGGCUAGAUUCCUGGCCACCCCGCGAGAAAGUGCAGAAGAGGCACAGAUCCUUGAGGAGUUUGGCAUUUCAGAAGAAAACCGCUGGUCGUGGGAACGUAUUGUCCGGCCAUACGGCGAGCAGACCUUCACGGCCGGCGUCUGGCGCGACUGGCUUCUCGACUAUCUGCGCGAGGACGCCAAUGAAGCUUCACUCGGUAACGCCGAUGGUCCACUCAAGGCCGCUCUGGAUGUCCUGCGGGAUCUACGCAACGAAGUGCGUCUCAUCGUCGACCAUGCCGGGUUGUCUGGCACCUCACACCGCGACCACCUCGACCGGUGGUACACGCCUCUCAACGCCUACCUAUCCAUCGGACCCCCUCGCCAGCGCAUCGAGCAGAUGAUCGCCCUCAUCGAAGCAGGCAUCCUCGACGUCCUCGGUCCUCGCCCAGAAGUCCGCCCCGAAGACGGGGCAUGGAUCGUCAACUCCCCACAGGUCCCCGGCUUGACCGUCCGAGUUACGACUCUCAUUGAAGCGCGUCUGCCAGAGCCCAACCUGCGAAACACAGCUGAUGACCUGCUCGCCCACCUCCUCAAGUCAGGCCAAUGCCGCCCGCAUCUCGUGGACGGGUAUGAAACUGGUGGUCUGGACGUGACGAACGCCCCGUACCAGCUUAUUGACUCCAAGGGUCGGGCUCAUGAGCGGCGAUUUGCUGUUGGUGUUCCUACUGAAGGUGUACACUGGGUCACUGCGGCUGGUGCCAGACCGGGUGUUAACUCGGUCACUCUAUCAGAUACAGAUGCGGUGGCGCGGGGAGCGCUGAGUGCAGCUAUGACUGAAAGGGUAUUGGCACAGCCACCAGUGCAGCCACCGGUGCAGCAGUUGACGGAUGUCAAGACGUGGGCGAAUGUUGAGGUGGCAGAGGUUUCUGCUUUGGAAGAUUGAAAGACUGUUUUGUAUAGAAUGUUAGUAUAUGAUUUGUAUUCAGGUUUAGAAUGAUAAUGCAUUGAUUUUUAUGGAAAAUUGCACUUCUUUUACCACUUUCUGGCCAUCGCAAUGCUAUUUAUUAAUUAGACAAUCA